CAGCAGAGCUUCCUUAAUUUGGUCUCUAGUUCAGUGUUGACCUGACCUGUCACCAUGUCUUUUCUGGAGACUCUACGACAGUGGGACGAAGCAGUCACUUGCGUUGAUAGGCAGGAUUUGUCAGAAGCACUACGGAUUUUUUUGUCUAUCCAGGAACCAAACUCCAAAAUUUGUUUUGAUAUCGGCUGUCUCCACCUCCUUAACCAAGAUCUGGAUGCUGCUGAAAAGGCAUUCGAUUGCAGCAUACGCAAGGAUGAACAUUUGGCUGUUGCCUUCUUUCAAAGAGGAAUCACAUUUUACAGGAAGAAGAGGUAUGAGGAGAGUUUAGCUGAUUUCCAGCAUGCCUACAAAGCACUGAGAGGCAACCAGCUGAUAGAUUACAAAGCACUGGGUCUCAGAUACAAGUUAUAUGCAUGUGAGGUGCUCCACAAUAUGGCCCUGACUGAGGCUCAGCUGGGAAACUGGGGAAAAGCUCAGGAAAACCUUGUGAAGGCGCUUGACUACAAGACAGAGACCAAGCUCAAUAUCAUCGACAAAGCUCUGCAAUCCACCCUGAAACAGAAACUCUUCAAACUAGUCGAGUUCCCCUCAAAUAUGCUAUUUAAGCCCAAUAAGCACUAUGUUGCUGAGCUGGAGAAAAAGGACUACCUGGGAAAAGCGAAGGUUGUUGCAUCUGUCGUUCCUCAGGAUGACUUCUCUGGAUUUGCCCCAUUACAGCCACAGGUAGAAAGUGGUCCAACCUGUCCAAAAGAACCUGAGGUCCUAAGAGCUUUAGAAGGAGAACCACACACUGUCCUGUUUGAAUUUGUUCCCGAGACCAAUGAUGAGCUGGCUGUAGUGCCAGGCAACAUUGUGUUUGUACUGCAGAGAGGUGCUGACAACUGGGCAUCUGUGAUCUUCAAUGAAAGAAGGGGACUUGUUCCUUACAACUACCUGGAACGUUUGGAGAUCUCCUUGGCUUCUAAACAGAACGAGGGAAUAUCGAAGCCUCCAAAUCGAAAACCACCAACCAGACCUGAAAGGAAACAAGGUCUUACUCCUCGUGAUAAGAGCAAUGGAGAUGCACAACGUCAGGAUGCACGGCCUGACAAUUCAUGUAUUGUCAAAGUCCGAUUCACAUUCAACGUUGCUGUCUUGGUACCAAAUGGGUCUCCUUAUGCCACGCUGACUGAGAAAAUCAGUAGGAAACUGAAACUCCCCUCUACUGCAAUCACCCUGAGUUUAACCUCCGAGGCAACAGGACAAAGUGUAAUCAAUGCCAACACAGAGAUUGAAAGUGUUUGGAGAUGUGCCAGUGGAAAGCGCAUCACAUUGUGGUGUCACACUACCGAGCAAACCAAAGUAAAAACGGAAAUGGAUGGAAAGCCACAUGACGAGAUUCACUUGGUGGCACUUCAUUCCUAUGAGUCAUCAAAUCCAGAAGAUCUCAGUUUUAAUCAGGGGGAUACAAUCAUACUCCUCUCUAGAAUUAACCAGGACUGGCUGGAGGGGCAAUUGAAUGGGAACACUGGCAUAUUUCCUGCAUCCUUUGUGGAAGAAGUCCCUGUCAGUGACCAGUAAUUUAAAUAAAUACAUGUAAACAGAA